UGCCGUCCUGUAAUAUUAUACCCGUCGCAGUCUUAGCGUUCACAGGUCAGUUUAUUAGUUCCGUCCGUCCUCGAGUCGUUCACUGUUAACCGUGUUCUUCCGCCUAUCGCGUUUUCGGUGUUCUUCUCAUCACGAAGUCAGCUACUCGAUAAGCGUUAAAUUAGUGGUGUUACAAUGAGAAGAAUCAACCGUCGGUUGGUUAUAUUGUCGAUCGUAAUCGCGUGUGAUUUAGUGAGUGUUUUCGGAAGACCACAACCGCAUACUACACCACCCAAUUACUUAAAAGAUGAUGGUCAAAAUAACAGGAAAGAAGUUUCUUCAACGCCAUCAUUUAUUGUUGCCGAUACUUCAACUCUCUCAAGCGAUGGCCGUUCUCACACAACAAAAGCUCCAGUAAUGGGGGAUUCUUUCAAGUCUGUCACUGACCAAUUACUUCAAACUUCUGUGUCUUCCGAUGUCGUCGAAGUUAAAACGUCUCAAAAAACAGAAUCACCCCCGAAAGGUGAAGCUGUGCCCGUACUUACCGACGAAGAUGUACAUGCAGUAGGCCCUUAUACUUAUAAAAUAUCAUCUGAUGGAUCAACAAAACCAACUGGAGAUUUAUCAACGUGGAUUCUUUUGGGAGCAGAAUCAUCGCCUGCGCCCAUAAAUAUGGCAACCAUUAAAAAAGUACCGAAACCAGCAGAUACGACUGUAUCUUCAUUUAUACAACCACAUGAAACCAGUACAAGAAAAAGAAAACCCACUACUGAAAAAAUGAGUACUACUCAUAUUCCAGUGACAGAAUCGUCUAUUAAAUUACAAGACUCAAAAUUCAAAAAUAAGACGCCAGUAAUUGUUGGUAAAAUACCAUCUACUACAGCAAUUAAAGAAAAAAUUGAAGAGCCUACCACACCACUUCCUGAACUUCCUCCGUUAGACAAUAAUACUCGUUUUGGCACACCAGUUGUAACUUUUCCUCAUGUUCCACCAAGACAACGACCUUCAGCAAAUAACACAAAGAAAACAACUCCUCCAGAAAAACCAUUGAACACAAAAAUAACUUCGACAGCUGUAGUUAUUUCUAAACCAGCUAAUACAACUAUAGUUGCUUCUAAUACUACUUCGGUAGUUGCUACUACUAAUUCUUCUACAACUGCUAUACAAUUACAAAACACUACUGAAACAACAACUAUUAGUUCAAACUCAACAGUAAAAAAUACUUCUCUCAAAAAAAAAAAGAAGAAGAAAAACAAAAAUAAGCGUAGACCAAUUAAAACCUCGAAUAAUGAAGAUGCUCAGAGCAAAAUAGAUGAGCAGCAAACUAAAAUAACCCCCGGAAGGCCACUGUCAACCCGAAUUUAUAACUAUUUGGCUCGCGAAGUUAUGCCAAAUGUAGGAGUAGGUAUAGUCGGCUUAAUGCUGACUGCAGGGUUAGCCGGUUUAUUAUUGUAUUCUCCAUUAGGAGGAGCUGCUGUACCUCUGGUACCCUUAAGAAGAACUGACCCACAUUCGCACGGCCAUAGUCACGGACAUAGCCCUGCCGGAUAUGUACCUCCUGAAACUGACAACUCUCAACCUGAAGAACAAGUAUUUGGACAAGUUUUAUCUGGGAUGUCAUAUGGCCACAAUCCUUAUGGCAGAGAACGUCCAGAAGUAGCACCAGCCCAAGCUCCAAAUCCAAAAUAUAAGCCGUCAUAUCAGCCAUCUGAAUAUCCUGCUCAUGACGUACCCAAGUAUACUGUUCAUGACAAUAGCAAAUAUCCUUCUUCACACGAUGCAAGUAAAUUCACUGCUAUAGAAACAAAUAAAUUUACCGCCCCGGAUACUACAAAAUACAGUGCACCUGACAAUACCCAAUAUUCUGCUCCAGAUACAUCCAAAUAUUCUACAAUCGAUGUAAGUGUUCCUCAGGAAAAGGUAUCAUAUCCUUCUCUAGAAUCCUCUCAAGGACCACCUUUUGAAGAAACACAGGAAAAUCAAGAACAGCCUUUUAAAAAUCACCAUUACGAACAAAUCAAGUUUGACGCAUCAAAUGCUUAUGAUCAACCUAAAUAUCCGGCAGAAGUACAAGGAACUACUUACCAUGAAAAUCAGCCAUCUUUUGAAUCACCCAAGUACCCAGGUUAUGUCCAAGACGUACCAAAAGAAGAAGCCGUGAGAAUCGAUUAUAACUUUGAUAACCACCGAGCUGAUGAAAAAGUAAGCUCUACAACUUCUUCUGCAGAGCCCACGUUUUCCGCUCUUCAAGGUGUUCCGAAGUUCUACGAGCCCAAUGUAGACUCAGAACAAAUAUCAGUAAAUGUACGCCAAACAAUGACAAUGGAACAUGGUCCUAGAAGUCUACGGAUUAGACGCCAAGUAGAUGAACUCAAUGAAAUUGAUGCUCAGCUGCCAGAAGAGACGACGACAAAACCUAGUGAACAAACCAAUUCUAAUAAAAUUGAAAGUUUAAGUAACGGGGAUGAUAACACUACUAUGUCAUCAACCAGUACAACUAUAAUAACAUCUUCUAGUACUGAAUCUACAUCAGUUAACAAUAACAAUAAUCCGUACUCAUUAGUUGAACUUUUAAAAAGGAUAGCUGAGGUAAAAUUAAAAAUGGGAAUAGAAAUUCUAAAAAAUACAGCUGCGAGUUUUACCCAUUAUGUUAAUGCUUUACAAAUGAGAAUGACACAUGUAGUAAGGAAUCUUCAAAAAUCGAAUAACAGAGUGCAACCAGAAUUGAAACAGGAGCAAAAGAAGGAAGAAACCUCAACUAAAACUACUGAAAAACGACAACGAAGAUCUAUUAGAGACAGAAUUUCAUCAAACUAAAUAUUCAAACUAAAUUUCCGUUAAUAUAAAUAAGUAUGGUGAAGUGAUGGGAAUGUACAAUGACACGGGACAUUUUCUCUUACAAACAUUUGAAGACUAAAAACUUUUCCUAAAAAUAUUUUUUAAAAAUGCCAAUCAUUUUUUAGGCUUCCAAGUUUUGGGAUCUAUAAACAUAUUUUAAAUAGUUUAGAUUCAUAAUAUGUUUUCAAGAGAAAAUAAUAAUAUGUUUUUAAAUGUAGUAUUUAAUCACAUAUUAUUAGCUAAAUAUUCAGUACGUGGCCUGGAUUUUAUAAUUUUGUAUUUUUCUAUGUAAAUAUUAAUUUAAAUGUAUGUUUUUUUACGUCACA